AUGCUCGCCCGCACAGCAACUCGCUCGCCCGUCCCUCGAGCGACCCGCACCCUGCGCCCUUGGUCGCCCUCCUCCUCCUCGUCCUCAUCUCCCCGCCGCCAACUCUCAUCGGCAACAGCACCCGCCGACACGGCACGGCUCCUCCAAGACCUGCGCACCUCGCUCACCCGCUACCCGCUCGUCGACCCGGUCUGGCCGGCACGCAUCGACCAAGCCCUCGCCGACCUCCUCCACCCUCGACCAGCUCGCCUCGCAGUCGUCGGCGACCACGCGAGCGAUGCACAGGGACUCGUCACCGCCCUCCUCGACGACCCGCUCGCGUCCAACCCGGACGUGACCGUCGCCCUCGAGGCCCGCAGGCUCGGCUCGGCCACCCACGAGGCCCUCACCAUCAAGCACGGCAACGACGUGUCGUCGUCGCCGUCCGAGGUCCACGUCCCGGCACCCUGGCUCCACGACACCAACGCCGAGGUCGUCGAGAUCGUGCAUCGAGAUGUCGCCCCGCUCGAGUCGUCCCUGUCGUCCCUGCACCUCGCCGACCUCGUCGUCCUCGUCCUGUCCGACUCGACUCUGCUCUCGAGCGCGGGCAAGCGGCGAGCAGAGGCCUAGUGCGACGCCGAUGAUUGCAAGGGAGCUCUCGUUCGCUCUC